UACACACUGCUGCCCUCCCACCCCCCUGUGUAUGAGAUCCAGAGAGACAAGCUGGCCAGUCAUUACAGAAGAAAGACACCAACUACUCACAUCACACGACUAUACCACCAAGAAACACACAAGGGAUCAUCAUCACGUUGCCUGUGGACGUCUGGUUGCUUGAUUGGUGAUUAAAAGGUGUUAAACAAGAAAGGGUUCUGACGAGAAGAAAAACUCACAAUCACUGGACAUCUUAAUGAAUGACUGAGAAUAAAUUGUGGGAAGACUUGACUUUAGUCUACUGAGUGCUCAGCGACGUGAGUACAGCAAAUAAUCUGGACUGAGACUGUUCUAAGGAGCAUUUUUCUUACGUUGAGAGUGCUAUAAAGUUUCUUCAGCGGCCAUGGCAUCAUCAGGUCUUCAGCUGCUGGGUUUGGUGCUGGCUGUGGUGGGUUGGGUGUGCGGGGCGCUGGUGUGUGCGGCUCCUCUGUGGCGUGUGUCUGCCUUUGUGGGUGGAGAGCUGGUGAUUGCCCAGGUGUUGUGGGAGGGAUUGUGGAUGAACUGCCUGUCUCAAACCACAGGCCAGAUCCAGUGCAAGACCUAUGACUCCACCCUGGCCCUACCUACGUCUGCACAAGCCGCCCGGGGCCUUACUGUUCUCUCCCUGCUCCUCUGCCUUCUGGCCCUCAUGCUCGGGGUGGCAGGGGCCAAAGGUACUCACUGCAUGGGUGACGGAAACCAGGCCGCCAAGGCUCGGCUGGGUAGGAUAGCAGGGCUGCUCUUCCUCGUGUCUGGCUUGGCCUUCUUGAUACCCAUCUGUUGGACUGCCUAUACAACCAUCAGGGACUUCUAUGAUCCGAAUGUUGCGGCGCCUUUUAAGAGAGAGCUGGGGCCCGCGCUGUACCUGGGCUGGGGGGCCAGCGUGCUACUCCUGGUGGGGGGCUCCCUGCUGAAUGUGGGCUCCUCUCCACCGGGAGGAAGAGCGCUGCCUAUUUUUGGAGGAGCAGCUAAGGACAACCUACAUCCAGCAAGAGACGUGAAGCAACAGGAAAAAUCGUUUGUAUGAGAUGAUUUUAUUGGACAUGUGAGGUACGAACAAACACAGAGGUCACAACCUCGUCAGACAACCUUUUGGAAACUACAAGUUCAUCUAUUAGAGGAUAUUCAGCCUAUGUUGUGUUUUAUAGCUUAUGAAGCAGAGUUUGUACAUGUUUCUUUAAAUUAUAAUGCAGAUUUGAUUACACUUUGGUAAAUGAUUGUUUUACAUUAUUAAUAAAUGUACACCAUAAACUACAUAGCAAAGGGGUUUUAAUAGAAUUUGCAUUAUUUAAUAGCUUUCUGUUAGAGUGGGAGUUGACAGCAACUGUGGGAGGAAUUGAAUGUUUAGAGCUUUACUAAUGUGUGUGAUUUACAUUUCUCAAAUUCCACUCUGCCAGCGCUUGUGUGUGUUUGUGUGUGUAUGUGUGUGGGCGGUCUGUGUACAGAAGGCCAGUGUAGUAUAUCUGUGUAUGCUGGUGUGUUCACUGAAAAUACGUGGGCAGUCAGUGCGAUGCUUGUUUACUUACUUUUUAUGAAUGUUUUGAGCAAAUUUACUCUUGUUCAUACAUUGUCUAACAGUCUUGAGAUGUAACAAUUGCUAUGUUUUAUCUAGCUUUUACAAUAUUAACAUCAUACAGUAUAUAUUAUUGAGUACAUACUGUAAGUGUGGCACUGCAUUAUCCAUCUUUAGUCUUUUGUAUUUACUGCCAUUGUAUCAUUUAUAACCACUUAUGCACGAUAAAUGUGCAUGUUGUCUGUUUUUCAUUAUACAUUGUAAUUCCCCGUCAUGUUUUCAAGGACAAUAAAACACAGGAUUAU